CGUUAUCAAGGAGCCUGGCCAAGGAAUUCGGUUGCCAUGGCGCUGACAGAACGGAAAGGGGGAUUUCCAAACAUGAGGAUAGUUGAGGUGUGGUCAGACUGGGAGAUGGUGUAAGGUCAGCAAGCCGAGGGAAUGGGACGGAGGGAGUUAAACACAUACAGCGUCGCAUUGAACAAAGACAGACUGGAAUGUGGAACACCCGGGAGGUUCCAAUUCUAGAUUGUUCUAUUGGCCAAAAAAAAAGCACAUUCUGGAACGGUGUAUUUUCUUUUAGAAAGAGAAUUUGGAAGUCAGCCUCUCAGGAAACGGCACAAACUGACCAGGACAGGAAGGGAGAGAGCCUGAUUGCAAACUCUUGAACCAGACCGUCACCAGAUACCUUCCUCAAUGUCCGUAUGCUUACACUGGACCUGUCUGACCCACGAAGAAGCAUCAAGGAUGAACUGAGGGCUCUGGCCUUUCCUCAUGGUCGUUGCUUUCUCCCAGCCUCCCAAGGCACACAUGGUCAAGUCUGGGUCACUGGUUAUGGAUGAAGCCAAGGUGGAUGAGGUGAGUGAGUGCAGGGAGAGGGGCUACCUGCUCACCAGGAAAAUCGGCUCCGGUUCAUUCUCCCGAGUGUAUCUGGCAGUCCCAACCCAGGAUAAGAUCUGCUGCAAUUUCCGAUUGGCUGUUGGUCUCCACAACAAGAAAGAGAAGAGGGUCGCCAUUAAGGUCAUCCCAAUCUGUCAGCGGCCACAGCAGCAACAGCAGUCUCAACGGUGUCUGUCCCGGGAAAUCAACGCUCUGCUGAGCACCUACAAACACCCGAACGUGGUAUGAACACGAGCCGUUUCCUGUCUCAGGCUCAGGCCUGUAUGAACCCGGCCGCAGGCCAGGCCCAGGGGUGGGGGGGUCUCGCGUGCCCUGUCUGCCCCUGCAACAGACCCUCCGCAGCCUGGCCAGCAGCGGUCCCAGAGGACGGGAAAGGUGACGUGGCAAUGCAGAUUCUCCCUUGUCCUUUCUUUGGCACAGCCGGGGUCUCUGAGCUCGAGGUGGGAGGGGGUGACUCUGACUGUGAGGACCACCCUGGUCGAGCAGACAUAGGGGGCUGGGUAAGGAACCUCCUCUCUCCCCGCGACUAUCCCACCACCCCCACAGUGUUGUAGUGGCUGUGUGAGGCCCCCCACAGUUAACCAGCUCACGGACAGUUAGUUCCUGUGUGACU